CCCGAAUUAACAAGGUCAGCAACUCAACCAAAUUUAUUAACUCGUGACUUACCGAAGAAUGAGGAGAAUGAAGAAAACCAUGAGAAUGGAGACCCAAUCAUUUUAUCUGAACCCGGUAAAGAACCUGUUGAAAUUCCCACUUAUCCAACAUACCCCCCACCUCUUUCAUCAAACAUCGAGAACCCAUAUAAAAUAGACAUUAAUUCUGAAUUAAUGAAAAUUUACCGUGAUAUAAUAAUUAAUAAUUAUGAUUCAAUAAUAAAUUUAAUUGAUCAAUCCGGUUUAAUUAUUUUACCUUAUGAAUCAUUAAUUCACAUUAUCGCCAUUCUUUGUGAUGUUCAAGAUUCAGACGUUAAGAUUCAAUUUUUCAUAGAUGAUGAGGUUUCAUGCUGCGGAACAGUUGCAAAAAUAAAUCCUAUAAAGGAUAUUAGCACAAUUAAGAUAUCAAAGAACGGAACAACAACUGAACUUCAUUUAACAUAUAAUGAUAUUUAUAAUAAAAUAGUUGAUGAAUAUAAAAUAUCACUUGAAAAAUUCUUUGUUAAGGCUAUUUAA